UAGUUUCUCAUUCAAACUACAAUCUACAAGUCCUCCCAAAGCAUGCAAAAUAUCUACCACCAAGACCUGAUCGCCACCGUGCCCAACAACCACCUUCCACCGCUACGACUCGCCGACGAUCAAGAAGUUUCGUUCAUGGUUAAUGCAUUGAGGAAAGUGAUCUUUGGCGGCUCUGCAACGGAAAUGCCACCGCAAUUUGCUUUCGACAAUUCUCCUUCUUCUUUUUCUUCCUCCUCGUCCUCUUCGGGUUAUUCCAGCACUUUCGUGGCCCAAUUGGAACCGAACACGUGUCAGUACUGCAGAAUUAGCGGAUGUUUGGGGUGUGAUUUUUUUGUCCCGCCAACCGAGGUGACGCAACAAAAUCAAAUAUUUCAGACGCAAAUGCAGUCUGAGGAGAGUAACAUGUACGCAGACGUGACUCCGGCUCCGAAAAGCAGGAGUCCUGUUUCCAGCAGGAGUCCUGUUUCCGUAAAAAAAAAUAACGAGGCGAGUUCUAGCAGCAACAUUGGCGUGGUACAGAAGAAAAAGAAGAAGAAUUACAGAGGAGUGAGACAGAGGCCGUGGGGAAAAUGGGCAGCCGAGAUUCGUGAUCCACGAAAGGCAGCACGUGUGUGGCUCGGAACAUUCGAAACAGCAGAGGAUGCAGCUCGGGCUUACGACAAAGCCGCCAUUGAAUUUAGAGGGCCAAGAGCAAAGCUCAAUUUCUCUUUCGCUGAUUACACAAAUAAUCCCAUUCCCAAUCAGCAGCAGCAAAAAACUGUGUCUCCGCCGCCACGACAAUUACAAGAAGAAGAUUCUAGAAAAUUCGAGACGGAAAUGGAAAUGGGGGUGAACAAAGAAAAGGAGUUCUGGGAAGUAAUGGCGGAUGAUGAGUUCAAGAAGUGGAUGAUGAUGAUGGAUUACAGUAAUGCUGAUAAUUCGUCUGAUUCCACUAGUGGCUUCAAUGUCCACAGUGUGUAAUUUGCAGCCACUCUGUUUUCAGUAGUAGCUUUAGUCGCUUUUUCAUUAUUCUUUGCGCAUCAUAUCAUAUUAAUGUUUUUGGAUAACUUGUAUUAUUUUUCAGUUAUUCAAUCAUGGGAAAAAAUUUAGAACAAUCAGUUCUCAUAAACGGAAUUAUAUUACUUGUUUUGUAUGGAA